AUGGUCUCGCUGCAUGACUUCGAAGACCAAGUCGAGAACAAGGAUACGUUGUCUUUCAUCUGCUUCUCUUCACCGUCGUAUGUCGACCCCGAAAAGCUGGUGCGAAGAUCGGAAUCUUUCAGCAGACAACCCGAAUGGACGGGCUUGUGUUUCCCCAAGCUGGUCAGGCUUGUCCUCCUACAGACGCGCCGGUCCUUGGCUGUCUCCGAGGUUUUGGUAAUGAACCCGAGAGGUGCAGUCGCCGAUACCCGGCGACACACUCCUACGCUUGUUGCCGCGUCCUCGUCGGCGAGGUUCUGGUCGGCAUUUCCUGCCUCCUAG